AUCCCAAUACGUACUACAAGCAAAUUGUGAUGCAAGCGACGUGCAUGAAGUACCUACCUGCUAGCAUCAUGAUGAUUUCCCCGUUUUGACUGGCACUGCAGACUAAUCCUACAAACUUCCACUGACCAACCACAUCCGCCCUUCGCACAGACAGGAUCUUACGGCACCGAAAAACCGCAGAGAGCUAGCUUCCUUGCUUGGGUCAAGCUUUGACGGCCAACUCAGUAUUUCAGUCGUCAGUGGCCUAUCAAGCUGCAUCGUGGAGUGAUGGCUAGCCACAACCUCCUGUGGAUGCGGCGCUUGGAGCCUGUUUCCCCCACAAUUCAUCGCGCCCUGGUUCUUUCCUGGGCACUGCACUGUCCACAAUCGACGAUUCACGCCGGAGUACGUAAUUCAACCCGAAUAUCUUCUAAUAUAUCUCCUGCGCCUAACAAGAAUACUGGACCGCUGAGCUGCAGACAUAGCGUGGUGGCGAAUAUCAAGUGGUGCGAUAUCCGGCACAACUGCGCCAUUGAGAGGCGUUCAAGUCUCAGUCGAACAUGGCCGUUUUACCCAAGAGACCCCGCCAGAUGAGGCCCUUGAUACGACUCUGCACCUCACUCAGAAAAAUUCCGAAGGGUGUUUUGAGGGACCCAUAUUGCGAUUGUCUCAGUACCUAUGAGCUCCGGUAUUGCCGACACUGAGAUCUGAUGAGUAUCAGAUCUCAAUUCGCAAGAAU